GGAAGGGGCCGGGAGAGGCCGCGUUCAGUCGGGUCCAGGCAGCAGCUGCGGCGGCUCUCGUCUCCUCCGCCUUCUGCCCCCUUGCCAUCUUCCUCUCGCUUCCGGAAACAUGGCCUCCGGCGUGGCUGUCUCUGACGGCGUCAUCAAGGUGUUCAACGACAUGAAGGUGCGCAAGUCGUCGACGCCCGAGGAGGUGAAGAAGCGCAAGAAGGCCGUGCUGUUCUGCCUGAGCGAGGACAAGAAGAACAUCGUGCUGGAGGAGGGCAAGGAGAUCCUGGUGGGCGACGUGGGCCAGACCGUGGAGGACCCCUACGCCACCUUCGUGCAGAUGCUGCCCGACAAGGACUGCCGCUACGCCCUGUACGACGCCACCUACGAGACCAAGGAGAGCAAGAAGGAGGACCUGGUGUUCAUCUUCUGGGCCCCCGAGUGCGCGCCCCUCAAGAGCAAAAUGAUCUACGCCAGCUCCAAGGACGCCAUCAAGAAGAAGCUGACAGGAAUCAAGCAUGAAUUGCAAGCCAACUGCUACGAGGAGGUCAAGGACCGCUGCACCCUGGCGGAGAAGCUGGGGGGCAGCGCCGUCAUCUCCCUGGAGGGCAAGCCCUUGUGAGCCCCCGCCCCUGCCCGGCACACUGACAGCCCCAGACCUGCCCUUGGGGGUUGCAGGCUGCCCCCUCCCUGCCAGGCCGGAGGGGCUGGGGGGAUCCCAGCAGGGGAGGGCAAUUCCUUCGCCCCAGUUGCCAAACAGCCCCCCUCCCCCUGGACCCUCCUCCUCCUCCCAUCCCUGCCGGUUCUGGCCCCAAACUGCUUUUGAUCUUCUGAUUCCUCUUGGGUUGAAACAGACCAAGCCCCCCCCCCCCCCCCGCACCCCAGUUUGGGGGGAGUCCUGUAUUUUUUUUAACGACACCCCUACCCCCGCCUGUCCCGCUCCCUUCCCGUGCUGCCAACUUCUAACCACAGUAGUGACUGUGCUCGUCUGUAGUUCUGUGUAUAAAUGGAAUGUCGUGGAGAUGCCCCUCCCCUCCCCCGACGACCACUCACAUCCACGGAAGCAGGACCAGUAAGGGACCUUCGAUUAAAAAAAACGAAAACAACAACAA